AUGGCGCCAAAGAGAAGGAGGAGACCCAAAGAUGCUGGCGAGCAGGAUGAGGUGGGAGAAAGAAAGCCACGGUCCCGCGACAAUCCUGAGCAGAGGAAGUGGAAAACAGAUGAGACCUACGACGGCAAGAAGCUCAAGAACGUCCAUUUUUCCGAAGAGGAGGAUGCACGCAUCAUGCGUGCGCUCAGACUCUAUGCUGAGGAGAUUGGGGAGGAUCUGGAAGUCAUGAAAGACAGCAUGAAGACGGAACAGGGCUCAAAGCGUGGUGCCUUUGCGCGCAUCGCCAAGCUGGCGGACAUCCCACGCCGACGAACCUGGGCCAUUGUCCAAAGACUUCGCAGGAUCCUAUGGGGUAGCCACAAGUGGACCGAAUCGGAGCUGCAAAUCCUCUUGGAUGAGGCGUGCACAAAGCUCCAUCCAAGUUGGAAAGAAAUUUCUUCAGUGCUUGGCGUCCACCCAACCACCUGCAGAGACAAGUUCAGAGAUCUCUGCAAAGGUACACGGAAGGUGGGCGCGUUUUCCGCCACAGAGGACCUGAUCUUACGCAUGGCCAUUUGUGAAACCACCAACAGUUUGCUGCCAGUGUCAGACAUUCCUUGGAGUGAGAUCCAGAAAUGGUUACCCAACAGAGGUUGGAGAUCGCUCAUGCAGAGGUGGUACAUUCACCUCCUGCCACAGCUCACUGCAUAUGAGGACAAAUAUGGUGUCCCCAUUGAGCCAGAGGUCUUUGUUCGCCAUAUGUUGCGGAGGCUCAAAAAGAGCAGUGCCACAAAUCCCAAGGCACUGGCAUGGGCUCACGUCAAUACCUGGUGGUCUGCAGACAUGAACCGUCGAAAGUGGCGAGCCCUUUCGUCUCGGGUCCCAGUUGAGUUGAUGGAUGCUUCCUUUCGGGAACGUGUCGGGUACUGGUACCAGGCCUUGCGUUGCAGAGAACACAAAAAGCGGGACAAGAAGAUGUUGAAAUGUGCUCUUUCCACAGUUGAGCGCAAGGCCUAA